CGCAACGAAAAUACAAAACAGUGUAGCAACAAACAACAAAAACUAAUCGUAUUUUUAGCAGAAACAUUAAGUGCGGAUGAUCAUUGCAAUACGCUAGCGAUAUUAUUAGAGUUUUAUUUACAAUUUGUGUUAUCGUUGAUCGAGCCCCUAGUGGUAGCCAUCAUCGAAGUAGCGAAUGUGCGUUGAUGCAACGAACCCACAUCCCGGAGAUAAACUGUAAUCACCGUCGUCAGGGCAGACACAGAGCAAGGCAGCCCUUCAACUGCAGCCGAAAUGGUUCUCUGAUAGCAACAUUGAAGCAACAUAAAGUCGCACCGUGAUCGCGUUACAUCGCGCACUCUGUGAAGAAUAUUAUCGAAUUGUGCGUGCAAGAGCCCGUCGGAGAGUGGCCAAACACGAUGGCACUCACGCCGGAUGAAUUUCGCAAGCGUGCACCGAACUGGUCACUUGAGUCGGACGGCCAACUGUUGCAGUACAUGGUGUCGAUCGCGAAGAACGUCGAAAGUUUAGCGGCACAAACGAGGGACAAUUUGAACGAUUUGAUGCUGACAGUGAAACAGUCGGAAUUGAAGCUGGCGAACGCAACGAAUCAGUUCUCCGCCGUCGAGCAAGUGAAGUUUGUCGAAAACCGGGUCGAGGAAGACGAUGAAAGUUUCUACGGGUUGCGACGCCGCCGGCAACAGGUAGAUGAACCGCGAACGGACACAGCACAGAAACAGGGCGACGAACGCACACUCGACGAUCUGAUUCAGCUGGCGGUGGAACGAUCUGCUGAAGGAAUGUACCGAACGUACGAAAAGUAUCCGCUACCACUUUCGGACUCGAGCGACGACGAAUAUCCACCGUCUGUUAGGGGAACGGUAAUGCACCUCCCACCUUCCGUCCUUCGGUCUUUGCCGCACGUAAUAGGGUCGAAGGAGUGGCAAAACAGUUGGCACGUGGGACUGGACCCGUACGAGAACGAAUACGAUUCCGACCGGAAGGAGGAGUACUCCGAGUCGCCGAGCGAAACGGACGACGGUGGAAUGUUUCCAUCGCAACCGAACAGCAAACAGCACACGCCGUCGGAAUCGGAAAGCUCCAUCUGGGGCGUGGAAGGUCGAAAGCGGGCCCCUUCGCUCGAUCCCAGCAUCACCGGGGACGAUGGAUCAUCCGUCUAUUCGUUUGCUAGUUCGUCAAAGAUGCCGCGAUCGCUGCUUCCGGCUGUGGCAGGGCGUGGAAUACCGGCGGACGUUAGUGCACGGCUGAAACCGCCCAGUCUGUUUCCCGAAGAGCCGCCCGAAGAGAAAGCUGUUCGGAGCAAGGGCGACCGUGGGUUGUUUGAUGACUCGCCGGAGGAGGACGAACCACCUACGAUGCCUACGCCAACACCACAGCCACGUCAAACAGCACCAGCCAAUGACACGAAGCACCAGACGUUCUUCAAAGGAAACGCGCAACAACCGGCACGAAAGAUCGUCAAUCUGUUCGACGAUGAACCGCCGGAGGAACCGCUGCCAGACGCGACGGCAGUACCAGAGCAGAGAAAAACGAUCAAUCUGUUCAUCGAAAGUGACGAAGAUGAGGACGUGGUGAGGGAAAACAAUGUGCGCAACAAUAAUCCCGACCGGACGACUGUGAAAAAUCGUGCCGGACCUGCCGGUGUAACGAAUCCGGGGCAAAUGACGAAGCUGGUCGAUGAACUGAAUAACAAUUUUCGAAAGCAGCAGCCAGACCAGGCCGCACCAGAUGGUUCUCGAACCGUUCCAGCAGCUCGUCCGCCGGUGGUUAGCAAUAAUUUACGUCCAGCACCGAAGACGAAUCUGUUCGACGAUGAACCACCGGUUGAUGAGUUCGACCAGCUGUUUCAGGCGGCAUAUCCUUCCGAAAGACCUGCCCAGCCUGUUCGCUCGGCACUACCGAGUAGGGAGAAGGUGGCCGUCAAUCUAUUUGCCGAAGACGAUGAGGACGAUUACGAUGGGAUUGUUGUGGGGAGCAAUGAAACGAAAACACACAAAUCUCCACUACAAGGAGCAGCGCAGAACAGUCCCGGUCGGCUGACGCUCCCCAAGCCAGCCGAUCGGUUGCCCGCGGUUAAGAAGAAAUCCAUCUUUGAUGAUUCGGAAUCGGACGAGCAUGAUGUGAACGAGGCGGCUUUGUUGGGAAGUUCCGCCAAAGCGGUCCCUUCCGCCGACCCAACGAUACCAAAAGCUGCACCAAAAGUGAAAAAGUCAAUUUUCAGUGAUAGUUCCGAGGCGGAUGACGACGAUGAUGAGGCACUGUUUGGCAAAUCGUCCAAUAUUUUGAAGAGUAAGUUAGAGGCGUUGAAAAGAAGCGGUCCAGCGAGUAAGACGGACGGGAGUAACGCACCCGGUAGCGGUAAAUCACUUUUCGAUGCAGAUUCCGACGAUGAUGUGUUAAAGCCGCCGGUCGCAUCGUUGUUGUUGCAGAAGGCUAAGACCUCCGCUGCAAAGGUGUCUCUAUUUGACGAUGAACCACCGUCAGACGAUGAUGAUACAUUGUUUGGGAAAAAUGCAACUCAAACACGUGUAGAAGACACAGAGAAGCGAACAGAAGCGACGGCCGAACAGCAGUCAACUUCCAACGGUCAGCUUGUUCCAAGCAAGCAAUCACCGGAACCGGAAAAGUCUCAACCUGUCGUUAAAGAAGCCCCCACAGCAGCAGCUACAGGAAGCAUCCGCAGCAUGAUACUGAAGAAAUCCAUCUUCAAUUCGGAUUCGGAAAGCGACGAGGACGAUGCGAUGUUUGGUACCACACAAAGAGUGGCCGAAAAUGAAGCUAUUUCAACAAACAAACCUGCUGUAACGAUCGAAGAUGAGAGUAAAAAGUCUCAAGCAAAGGACAAAUUGGAUAUACCAACACAGAUUGAUGUGGCAAAUGCCGAAGACGUGGAAGAAACAGCGACGACGAAUGAUAACAGCACUCAGAACGCUUCAGAAUCUGUUAGCCACAUCGAAAAAGAAAGCAACAGCCACGUCUCGAUCGUUGCUGAUCCUCUGGUAGAUACUGCCACUGCUUCUAAAGAUUCGCUGUUCGAAAGCCUGGCCGAGUCUGGCGGCGAAGGCGCGAGCGAACCUCCACCAUGUGAUGACACUGAACCCUCUUCUGGACCAACUUUAGAGACAGCAAUAGCAAACAGUAAUGUAGUCCAAGAGGAAAUCGCCUCUAACGAAGCAAUUAUCGAAGGUGAUAUUGAACCUGCAAAGCCAGAAUUGGAAGCAAUGCCACUACCGGACGAACCUGCCCCGGAUAGGAUGAUAGCAAACGAUAUAGACUAUUAUCUCCACACGAACGAGACAACCCCUCCAGUGGAACCGCCCAUAACGCCCCCUGCAGCAGCCAAGUCUGAACCAAAAAGUGCCUUAACGUUCAGCCCAAUCGGUCUCUUCGAUGACGUUCCACCGCCGGACGAUGGUGACGAGACGGACGAUGCAACGGCGUGCAACGAUCUGCACCGAAACCUGCAUUCGGUCGAACCGAGUGAACCAACCUUACCCCCAAUCGAGGACGAAACCUCUCCCUACUCGGCCGAAACACAAUCGCUUAACUUCAUACCGACCGGACUUCCAUCGGGCAACAAUCGAUCGCGCUAUCUGUUCGACGAUGAACCACCGCCGGAUGAGCCGGAUAACGGCAGCGCUGGCUCCAGUUUGGUUGUUAAGGGAUUGUUUGAUAGUCCGGCUCCUGCAUCGCUACCGCCGAUGGUUGAAGAUAGUCGGGUGGAUCGGGCCGUCAAACCCACCCGCUCGAAGGUUAACAAGUUGAAUAGCAAAAUUGCCAUCAACGUUGCAGCACUGUUGCCCGGGGCGAGAAGAACACCUGCCGUGAAUAUUUCCUCUUCGCCGGAGAAGCUUCCUAGCGUAACGGGCAGCGUGAAGGAGGCUGAUAAAAAAUCGCCCCAAUCGGAGGAUGUUGUUGGUAGUAAAAAAUUGACAGGCCUAAACAAGGGACGAGCAAGAAUUCCUACCAUGCGGAAACCUCCUUCAAGGCACAGCCUGCGUGCCGCGGCAAUGGCGAGCUCCUCGUUGGAAACCGCCAACAGCUCCAAGUCGCUGGAAGAUGAAGAUGAUCGCAUCGUGGUUGGAUCGGAAGGCAAGAUCGAGCACAGUGAGGCUGGGCUACCGCAGGUGGGCUUCGAUCCUCCGCAGAAACGUCCCGCGGAUCCGUUUGUCGAUCGACUGAGCGCUAGUGUGCGUAAUCCGUCGAAGCGAUUAGUGCUACCGGACGGUACCGAAGGUGCUAAACCGUUGCCAAUCGUUUCGGACCGUAAGGGAACGGCGAAACCCGCGACCAAAUCGCUUUUCGACGAUAGCGAUAGUAACGGGGAGGAUAAUGAUGACCUUUUCAAACAGCUCCCAUCCGCCAAGGGAGUUGGGGCGGUGAAGAAGAGUGUGGCGCCGGUACGGGAGGCAACGAAGCAUGUUCCAGCUCGAAGUAUUUUCGGUUCGAACGAUGAGGCUGACGAGGGUGAAGACGAUGAUCUAUUCGGAACGGCAAAGAAAUCGUCCAUCGUUGGUCAGCUUACGGGUGCAAAAACGGAGAAGCGAGGCUUGUUUGACGAUGACGACGGUGACAGUGAUGGCGAUGAUGAUCUGUUUGGUAGUAAAAGCAGAAUUGUCGCAAAAGCUCAAAGCCAACAGCAGCAAGUGAAACAGACCGGCAGGCCAUCACUUCCGCCCACAGUAACCCGGCCGACAACGACCACCACCGGAACGGGUGGUGACGAUCCUUUGGCCGAUCUGUUAGCCGAUUCGUGAGCUGUUCCCAGCCUCCGGGUAUUAUUAGGUUUGUACGUGCAAUUCGCAACACAAAGCAAAACGAACGAGCGGUUCGGUAGAGAGAGAGAGAGAGCUGCACGAGGUCUGGUGGUUAUGAUUGUUGCAAACUGCUACCGCCGCUGCGGCUAUUGUUAUCUAGUCAGAUAAAGCAACAACGAAAUUGUGGAGUUGUGCAGGCGAAGUUGUUUUCCGGUCCCAUGUUCCGCUAGCACCGUUUUUCCUUAUUUUAAUUGCAUUAGCGUUUUGCCCCAGAGUAUGUUAAUCUACAUUCCAUCUUUGCGUUGCUUAGCUUAUUCAGUGCCGCGCCUUCUACCUACCAUCGGAAUACAUAUCGUAUCGGGGAAGCGCGGUUGAGUUUGUAGCAAAGAAUAUUAUCGGAGCUUUGGUAGGAAAGUAACGAACGUUCAGCUUUCUUGCAAACAAGUAUUCCAUUACGCGCGUGUUAUUUAGAUUUGUAUCCUCGUUUUGUUAUCCUCAUGCAUCCUUCUCAAACACACACACACACUCAUUGCUUAUCGUUUUGGCUGGAUUUCCAACUGCUCAUAGGGCAGCAGAACAGGUGUGAGAAGAAGUUGUUAACCAAAUUUUAUAGUUUACAAAUCCUUAUGAAAUGGAAGAAAAGGAAGAAGAAGGCGUGUAGAAAAUGGUCGGAACAAAGUAAGUAGAAUAAAUGAAUUAUCCAUACACACA